UGAUAUAAUAAAAAGCUGAUACCUUGUCUUGAAAUCUCGUUUUAACGGCAUUAUCACCUAAAUAAAAUUUAAACCUGAAAAUACAGUGAAUCAGGUGAAUAAAUUAAUGAUUUUCUAUGAACUCAUAUCGCUUUGUUCCUGAUUGUCACCUAGGUAACAAUUAAAUCAAGUAAAUAUUAUUAUCAUUAAUUUGCAGUUAUUUCAUUGUGCAAUCAAUUAAUCAAAAUUGCUGUGUUAUCAUACUGAUUAAAGUACUAUGAAAACAUAAGGUGCAAGUUAUAAAUUUAUAUUCACCAACAUUCAAAUAAUGAAACUAAGAUCAGAGGUGUUGAUCAAAAUUCCAAAAGGAGUUAUUGAAACGCCUAUUGCGAAUGAUGAAGCAGAUUUAUGGGCAGAAGAGUACACUCAAACAGAUAUCAUUGAAUAUCCAGGUGCAAAAUGGAGAAAACAUAAAUUAUGUAGACCAUCAUGUAUUCCCAUAUCCAUAUUGUGUGUUAUGAUUUUUUUGGUUGUUCUAUUACCAGUUUUGGAUCAAGCAACAGAGAAGGCUCUUCAAGAAAUUAAUAAGAAAAUAUCCAGUCAAUGUACAAAUCCCUGUGAACUAAAGUUGAUAGAAAGUAUACCUGAAGGCCUCGUAUACAAUGGCUCAUCAACAGAUAAUCCAUCUACAUUUGAUACAUGGUUGAAAUUGAUCAAUCUUGCACAUGGAAAAAUAGAAAUAGCUUCCUUUUAUUGGACAUUGCGACAUUCAGAAGUGUACCCAGACCCUUCAUCUAACAAAGGUGAAACCAUUUUCCAAGCUCUCCUCAAAGCUGGAACUGAUAAAGGAAUUUCUAUCAGAAUUGCACAGAAUGCUCCAACACAAAAGAAUCCAAACAUAGACACAGAAUAUCUUGUCAAAAGAAAAGCGGCAGACGUUGUAAGCCUAAACUUUGCAAAAUUAUUAGGAAGUGGUGUCCUUCACACAAAAUUUUGGAUAGUAGAUAGGAUGCAUAUUUACAUUGGCAGUGCAAAUAUGGAUUGGAGAGCUUUAACCCAAGUCAAAGAGUUGGGAAUUGCAGUUUAUAAUUGUAGCUGUCUAGCAAAUGACUUGGGAAAAAUCUUUGAUGCUUAUUGGUAUCUGGGGAAAACACAAAAAAUUCCUGAAGAGUGGUCACCUGCAUUGAGUACCCCAUUCAAUAUUCAAAACCCAAUGAAUAUCACAUUCAACAAUGAUAGUUUUAAUACAUUCUUAACAAGUUCCCCCCAGCCAUUUAAUCCACAAGGAAGAACUAAUGACAUCGAUGCACUACUAUAUGUCAUAAAUAAUGCAGAAAAAUUUGUAUAUAUAGCAGUAAUGGACUAUUUUCCUCUGACAAUUUACACUCCAAAACUGAAAUUUUGGCCUGUGAUUGAUGACGCAAUAAAGACUGCAGCAAUAGAUCACAAAAUAAAGAUAAAAAUGUUGAUAAGUUGGUGGAAUCAUUCAAGAACAUCGGAGGACAGUUUCUUGAGAUCGUUAACAAGUUUAGAGAAUUCUUAUCCUCAGGUAUCUAUAGAGGUUCGCCGAUUCAUUGUGCCUGCUAACAAAACACAGCAGAAAAUUCCUUACGCACGUGUGAAUCACAAUAAGUAUAUGGUAACUGACAACAUGGCAUUUAUUGGAACUUCAAACUGGUCUGGAGACUAUUUCAUUGAUACUGCUGGUGUUUCCUUCGUUCUGCACGAUCCAUUGUUCGAAAGGAAUUCAAGUCAUUCUACAAUCAGAAGUCAGUUACAAGACGUUUUUGAGAGAGAUUGGAAUUCCAGCUAUGCCCAUAGUUUUUACACUUGAAUAUUCGAUCAUUUUUGAAAGAGAUUUAAAUACUUAAAAAUUGGCAACUUCUUUCACUUCUCUCAUUCUCAUUCUUUCCAUUACAAGAGGUUGAAUGUGUAAAUACUAUGUAUAUAUUUUUAUAUAGUUCAUCCCUAUCAUGAAUAGAAUUGAAGACAUGUUCUAAAAUAUAUGAGCUUAAUAAUAAAGUUUUUCCUCCGUC